AGACAUCCGCGCUGGCUUUCGCCGGCAGCUUCUGCGAGCCGACCAAUAUUGACCAAAUGAUGGUCACGCGGCCGAAGCCUCUCUAUCGACGCAUCCGGGGGUGGUUACGAACACGCCCUCGCCGCCGAAGAUGACACCAUGCGCAGACAGGAUGGAAGCUGGAGUUAUUCAAGGCUCGCGAUUACCGCCUACGCUUUAGGCAGAUCAGAAGCCUUAUCGUGGCACAAGUGUGAGCCGCACGGUCGGUGUCGGCUUUACCGACAGCAUCUCGAAAGGGUGGCUUUCGCUUGCCGAACAUGUUCUACAGCGGUUUGCCCCACGAUGGGCGCAGAAGAAAGUCGUGUGGGGCAUCCGCAAAGACUGUGCGGAGAAGUCCCCGCGCCCCUCGGAACAUCUUAGGUGGAAACACGACACAUCAUGGGACGGGCAGACCGAGGAGACCACUCUAUAG